UUUUCUUGGAUCUAUUAACACUUACUAUAUUUGAAAAUGGAAGGAAUAGCAAUAGAUUCGUUAUGUGGAGAAGUACUGCUCAUUAUUUUCGAAUAUUUGGGCACAAACGACUUGAAGAUUGCAACUUUAGUUUGCAAAAGUUGGAACGACAUUAUUGGAAAUCACGUUUCGACAAUGCGAAAUCUUCCUCUGGUUUUUGACGAAACUAAUAAGGAUAAGGAAAUUCCGGAACUGAUUAGAAAAUAUCAUACAAUAAAAUUGAAUGGCUUAAAACUUGACAAUGACAAUCUCGUUGAAAAUAUCGUAAGUCACUUGACUUAUGUGAAAUGCUUCGAAAUGGAUUCGAUAUGGUUAAAAACAAGACAAUUCAUAAAAAUCUUCAACUCAUUGAAAAUAUGCAGCAAACUGACUAUGAAGGGUGUAAAAUUAUUCAUUAACGAGAAUUCUAGGACAUAUGUAUACAGCAUUGGUGGUUCGUGCGUUAAAACCAUGGAACAAAUUCCAUUAAAUAUACUUCCUGAUGAAUUUAUAACGAUUUUAUCAAAUUUAGGAUUUUUUGUUGAUUUGAGUGGCGUAAUUGGAAGAAUUAUAUAA